AUGAAUAUUACAUUAGAUAAUAUUAAUUCAACUAAAUUCAUUGAAUCAUCAUCAUCAUCAUCAUCAUCAUUAUCAACAUCGUCUAUAGUUACACUAUCGGAUAAUACUCAUAUAGAUACAAAUAUAGAUAAUGUAUUUAAUAUAACAUCAUGUAUUAUAAUUACAUUUAUGUUUACAUUAAUUGUUAUAUUUUCAAUAUUUGGUAAUAUAUUAGUUAUGUGGAUUAUAUUAAAUAAUCGUAGAAUGCGUACAGUAACUAAUUGUUUUUUAUUUAAUUUAUCAGCAGCUGAUUUAUUAACAAUAUUUCAAAUCAUACCAAAUGUUUAUUAUGUAUUACAAAAUGAUUGGAUAUUUGGUAUUGCUUAUUGUAAAUUUUCACAAUUUUUUACAUCAUUUAAUAUAGCUAUUAGUGUAUUUACAUUUAUUGCAAUUUCAUCGGAUAGAUAUACUGCAAUCAUGUUUCCUCUUCGUCCACGUUCAAAACUGAAGACAGUUAUUUGUGCAAUUGCAGCUAUUUGGUUAAUUUCGUUUGCAAUCGGAUUGCCUGGUUUAAUUGUAGCUACGGUUUAUCCAAAAAACUUAUCAAACUUACAAAAUAUAGCAAAUAGUACAGAUUUACUUGUUGUGGUGAAACAGAUCUCGAUUAACUCACCUGAUCAAUACGUUUCAAAUGAUUGUAUUCUUAACUGGUCAUCAGAGUGGUCUGAAGCGUACGAUUAUACACUUUUUGUGUUAAUGUAUGUUCUUCCUCUUAUCAUACUUGCCACAACUUAUAUUCCAAUAUCAAUUCAUUUAUGGUUUCAUAGAGGACUUGGUGAAGUCACUAGGGCACAAGCACAAAAUGUUCAGUCAAAAAGAAGAGCAGUGAAAAUGUUAUGUGCAGUUAUGUUGAUAUUUGCAAUCUGUUGGCUUCCAUAUCAAUUAUUUUUCAUUCUAUUACAAUUAAGUCCAACAAUCAAAAGUAGUCAUAGUUUACCGAUUGUAUUUAUAUGUUGUUAUUGGUUAGCAAUGAGUAAUUCAAUGUACAAUCCCAUCAUAUAUGUUCUAAUGAAUAAAAAGUUUCGUAAAGGAUUUUAUACAGCAUUUUCAUGUGUCCCGUAUUGUCGUGAAUACGUUAAAAAAGACAAGAAGAACAAAACGACUGCAACAUCAAUUCAUACAUUACAAGUUUGA